GAACUGGGAAUUUCAAAGGACGGGAGAAAAAGACAAAGUCGCUCCAAACUUCUCAAUUCUUCCAAGCAAAAAACCCUAACGAGCCAAACUCCCACAGUGCGAUAGAGAUGGACGAUGAUCGAAUUCUGGCGCGAGAGAGGCGGCAGAUGGAGGAGAUCCGGCAACUCGAUCUCGAAGAACUGCAGGUCGAAGAGGUCGACGACGACUCCUCCGGCGACGACCGCGACGCUACUGGUCGGCACACGUCCGAUGAUUAUGCCUUCGAUACCUGUUUGGCUUCGCUGCAUACGUAUCUUGGUGAGGUUGAAGACACUCAUCACAGGGUGGCUUUUCUUGAUGGGGGCGCCGUCUUGAAGCUCCCUAUUUUCUAUCUCGAAGGAGUUGUCCUCUUCCCAGAAGCAACCCUUCCCUUAAGAGUUAUUCAACCGAAUUUUGUACUAUCUAUUGAGAGAGCACUAACCCAAGUUGAUGCUCCUUAUACCAUUGGUGUGAUUCGGGUAUUCAGAGAUCCUGAUAAUGGAAGAAUAAGGUUUGCGAAUGUUGGGACAACCGCAGAGAUUCGGCAAUAUCGGCGAUUAGAGGAUGGCUCACUGAAUGUGGUAACUCGUGGCCAACAGAGAUUUCGUCUAAGACGCCGUUGGAUUGAUGUGGAAGGAGCGCCAUGUGGAGAAGUCCAAAUCAUCCAGGAAGAUAUACCAUUGAGGGCCCCACGGGAUGCAUUCAGAGAUUUGGCACCAUUUAGUAAUCCAAGAGGCCAUAAUUUCUCAGUUAAACUGCCUUUAAAUGAUUCGUGUGCAGAGUCAAAUGGAUCUAUGGAUGUGGACAAUGAUUCAGAGACAAAUUCAGAUGAAAGCUUUGAGAGUGCACUGUCAUUGACUGAGAGACAAGUUCACCAAUCUGCAAUUGGUUCCUAUUCUGGAUCUGAUACAAUGGAAGAAUCAACAACUUCAAGCAGUGAUGAUGAGAAGUCACAUUUACAAUUGCAAUCAAAAGACUCUGAUUCUUCAGAUUCAUUGCAUUCAUGCCCUGAGAUUAGUAAUGCUGAUUUGGCAAGCAGUUCCAUGUCAGACAUGCAAUCCUGCAAACAGAAAGAGCCAAAUAAAUAUUGGAGAAAUACGGACUUAAAUCAGUUUCGUAGAGUUCCAAGAGCAUUCUGGCCCCAUUGGGUAUACUGCAUGUACGACUCCUAUUGUCUUGCUCAAAGAGCAGCAGAUAUGUGGAAAGAGAUAGUUGGGGCACCAAGCAUGGAUCGUCUUGUGAAGAAGCCUGAUCUUUUGUCAUUUUAUAUCGCUAGUAAAAUCCCUGUCUCGGAAUCUACAAGGCAGGAGCUUUUGGAGAUUGACGGCAUUUCAUAUAGGUUGCGUAGAGAAAUUGAGUUGCUUCAGAGUUUUGAUCUUAUUCAGUGUAAAACAUGUCAGAGUAUCAUUGCGAGGCGGAGUAAUAUGCUGGUGAUGUCAAGUGAAGGUCCUCUUGGUGCUUAUGUGAACCCAGAUGGCCACGUUCAUGAGAUAAUGACUUUCUACAAAGCAAAUGGCUUGGCACUUAUAGGACCACCAACGAGUGAAUACAGCUGGUUUCCUGGGUAUGCGUGGACAAUAACAAACUGUGCGGGCUGCGAAACCCAUAUGGGUUGGCUCUUUACAGCCACAAAAAAGAAUUUGAAGCCGAAAUUUUUUUGGGGGAUUCGAAGUUCCCAAGUUUCUGAUGACCUGCACUAGUAAGUCUAAUAUAUCUCAAAUUUGUAAUUGCUUCCCUGAAUUUUCCUGUUACCGUGUAACAAGUACGAUUUGUAUAGCCCCUUCUGCCUAUCUGCGAAUUAUUCGAUGUAAAACUUGAUGAGGUUGCCGAGUAUUGUAUGUGGGAUAAGUCUUUAAUCA